GGGUGGCCGCUGGCGCGGGCGCGCGCGCGCGCCCGCUGCCCCCGCUGCCCGCCGCGCUGAAUGAAGCCCUGCAUGCAAGCGGCGCGAUGGUGAGCAGCCCUGGCCGCGCUGAGGAAUCCACAGGAGUCGCCGUGGGCAGGGGCCAGAAGCUGCUGCACGCCAGGCGGCCCCGCGCGGGCGCCUGCCAGGCACACUGCGGCGCCAGGCUGCCGACAAAACGGCUGGUCCGACUGCGGGGCUGGAGCCCGCCGGGGCGGCGCAGGGGCACGCACCCGCAGCCGGGCGGAGGGCGGCAGGGCUCCGGCGGAGGAAGAGGGCUCUGGCUCACUGGCGGCCUGCUGACAGAGCGGAGCCGAGAGGCGCCGGGCAUGGCGCGCCCUGCAAGAAGCUCGGAGCAGACAUCGUGCCUCUGGUUCGGCACGCCGCGAGUGGUACCGAAGCCGCAGCGGCCGUGCUGACUGUGUGAGACUCUGCGUGGCAGUUGCUGGUCCGGCCGCGUAAGCGAUCGGACCUCCGCGUGUCCGAUCAAGCUCCAGGCGCUUGUGUGCAACAGGCGGGAGCUGAUGGUGUCCAGGUGCGGGCGCCUUGCUGCGACGUGCGUGUCCAGAGGCGGCCGGCGGAGUCAGGACGUGC